CCCACACUGGAGAACUAGAACAAAAAGACAAUACUAAAUAAAAUCAACUAUAUAAAUUUGUAAAAUAUAUACAAAAAGAGUUUAAAUUUGAAUUUGACUCUUGAAUUUUGAAAAGGUGGAAUUAAAAUGUGUUCUUUAGCUUCGAAGCUAAAUGUUCAACAGGUUUUAAAGCACAGGCUGCUUCUCGCGGGAAAAUAAAAGCACGAUUCUGCACAAAGUGACAGAAAUCCAGGAGUCGUCAGCCACGGCGGGCCUGUUUGCACCAGCCAGCACUCAGCAGGAGGAAUGUCAGCCCCCACCUCCAGAUAAGAUGUGACAGCUGUAAACUGAGAGGAGGGAGGUGAGCUGCUAUUUUUACCUUUCAUUCAGCCAGACCCAAACCAGAGCGAGGCAGAGAGACCCCCUCUCUCUCUCUCUUUCUGAUCUAUCCAGAAGGCGCUCACCCUGUUGGGACCUCUCCUCUCUGACCGGCUGGAGAAACUUCUGGAAGUCCGGGCGCAGCAUUAAGAGCCGGAGGCCGCCGGGUCGGAGGAAGACAUCCGAGCAAGACACGAACAGUGAAGAAGAAAUCCCACAAACCAACAGGCCGACAUGGCUCUGCUGUGCUACAACAAAGGCUGCGGCCUCAAGUUUGACGCUGACAACAACAAGGACGAAGACGCCUGCCUCUUCCAUCCAGGUGUCCCCAUCUUUCACGACGCUCUGAAGGGUUGGUCCUGCUGUAAGAAAAGGACAACAGACUUCUCCGAGUUUCUCUCCAUCAAGGGCUGCACCCGCGGGCGCCACAGCAACGUGAAGCCCCAGGAGCCUUUGCGGCCGGAGGUGUCCUCAGACAAGGGCGUGAUUAAACACACCAACGGCCAGGAGAUAAUCUACCAGGGACCCAAAUCUGCUGAGAAACUGCGGCAAGAGAGACCCAGUUCAGACGAGCCUAAGACCAGGCUGCCCCACAAAGUGUCUGCGUCGCUGGCUCGGGAGCUGGAGAAGCUGGACAUCAGCAACAAAGCCGAGAAAGAGGAUAAAGAGAGUCAGGCAGUCAUGCACGGGACCCGAUGCAAGAACGCAGGAUGUAAAACAAUCUAUCAAGGCCCAGAGACAGACAUGGAGGUCUGCAUCCACCACCCUGGAGGUCCCGUCUUCCACGAGGGGUAUAAAUACUGGAGCUGCUGCUGCAUAAAGACAAUAGAUUUCAACGCUUUCCUCGACCAGAAGGGCUGCACCACAGGAAAACACCGCUGGGUCCCAAAGCAGGACAAGAAGAAGGUGGCGUGUCGACAUGACUGGCACCAGACAGGAAAUAACGUCGUCGUGACGAUUUACGCCAAGAACACAAACCCAGAACUGUCCCACAUAGAGGCCAACGGGACAGUGCUCUCAUGCCAAAUCCAGUUCGAGGACAAUAAGAUUUUCAAGAGGGACUUCCACCUCUGGGGCGUGAUGGAUGUCAAGCAGAGCUCGGUCAACAUGGUCCCAUCCAAAGUGGAGAUCACCCUCCGCAAGGCCGACCAGGUGGCCUGGGGCAAACUGGAGGACCCCAACUACAAACCUGAGCCGGAACCAACAGAAGAGUCCGCGGAAAACAAUGACUUGUAUCAACCCAACUGGGACAUCGACGACGACGACAUCAGCGACUCGGACGAGGACUGGGCCUACGACACGCCGAAGAAGGACGCGGGCGAGCAGAAGAAGAAAAGCGAAGAGCCGCAAGAUUUGAAGAGGAAGGACGUGGAGGAGGAGAUGAGGAGGGCGAUGGAUGAGAGGAAGAAGGCGGAGGAGGAGAGGACGAAGCUGGAGGAGCAGAGACGGCAGGAGGAUGAGGGACUAUACGAAGACAUGCCAGAGCUCGAGUAGGUGAAGCCGUUACUACCAAGUUACCGACGCCUUUAAUCAACAAACACACUGGACAUACACUUAUUUUGUAUCUAAAUGUAAUGCUUGAAAUGGUGAGGUGGGUGUAUUCAGACACAUCUGUAUGAAACAACACGAAAAAUAAAGCCUUCUCA